CUUCAAACGAGUUAUAAUUGAAGCCCGCCCAUCUGCUUUACUUCUAUUAAUGCUUAAAUGUGUAAAUUAGAUAAAACUAAGUAAACUGAUUUAUUGUUUAUUUUGGCAAAUCUGCUUCUUCCACACAGAAAUUAAUGUUCAGUGAAGCUCCUCACAACAAUCACACAUUCAGCAAUUCAGCAGUAAAUGCUGGAAUAUCCCCAUCAGUUCACAAGUGAAGACCAGCAUCAAAGCAUCAGGAAGAAAUCUGCAAAGACUGAGUUUAUUAAAGAGGACAGAGAGAAGAUGAGAGAUCCAGAACCCUGCAGAAUCAAACACACUGAAGAUACUGAAGAACUAACAGAGUUGACUGAAGAAAGUGAGGAGAAUGAAGAAUUGAGUGAAGUUGAGGGAAAACAUCUCUUCAGAACUGGAAAAAAACCUUUGAGUUGCUCUCAAACGCAGAAAGAUUUAAAGAAAAGAAGAGUGAAGAAAUCUUUCACCUGCACUCAGUGUGGAAAGAGAUUGACAUGCAAACAUCAUCUUGAGCUUCACAUGAGAGUUCACACUGGAGAGAAACCAUACGCUUGUGAUCAGUGCGGGAAGAGUUUCACACGAUCAUCAACCCUUAAUUAUCACAUGAACAUCCACACUAGAGAGAAACUGUACGCAUGUGAUAAGUGCGGAAAGAGUUUUAGAAAAAAAGGAGACCUUACAUCACACAUGAGAGUUCAUACUCGAGAGAAACCGUACGCAUGUGAUCAGUGCAGCAAAACAUUUUUGAGAGCUUCAGACCUGAAGCGGCACCUGAGGGUUCAUACAAAGGAAAAGCCACAUUCAUGUUAUUUGUGUGGAAAGAGUUUUUCAUGUUUACAAUAUUUGAAAGACCAUCAGAAAAUACAUACUGCUGUGAGAGAGUACAUGUGCUUUGAGUGUGAAAAGACUUUUACUACAGCGAGCCAUUUAAAACUGCAUGAGAGGAUUCACACUGGAGAGAAACCUUACAAGUGUUCACACUGUGACAAGAGAUUCAGUCAGUCAGGAGCCCUGAAAACACAUGAGAGGAUCCACACUGGAGAGAAACCGUAUCACUGCACUGCAUGUGGGAAGCGUUUCAAUCAAUCUUCUAAUCUAGACAGACAUACAAAAAACAAUCACAGUAAGUAGAUCAUCUUCAGAUCUUUCUUUCUGCUUACUCUUUUAUUAAGGAAAGCAGACAUUUUUACAAACUGUUCUUGUACAGGAAGCUGAAGAAGAGACUGUAACACAUUUAAGAGAGACUGAGAUUUAUUUUUUAUUCUGUUCUUCAUUGUGUAAGGCCUCUGCGGAACAGAUCCAUUUAAGCAACACACGGUUAAGUGCUACCUCGUGGACACUAUGCAUAAAUUCAUAGUAGAAGCCCGAAAACAGGAAAAGGCAAAUUUACAAAACACUCUCCAGGCCUGCAAACACCCAAGAUCCAUACAGCGUGACUCCUCGUGACCCCCGAGGGCAGGGGUCUGCAACCUUCAACAUCAAAAGAGCCAUUUCAGACCCUUUCCCACCGGAUAAAACUCUUGCACUUUAGGGCUGUGCGAUUCAUUUUAUUUUCGAUAUUUAGUUUGUCUAAAAUGGCCAGGCUCCUUGGGGUUUUCCAUUUUUGGAACUGGAACAACACCGGAAGUCUUCCACAGGACCAGAACUCUUUCCAGACGAAGGCUCAAGUUAACUACAUGCAGAACUACCUCACUGAGCUGAUCUGCACAGUCUUUAAGCAAUCUCCAGGUGAUACCAUCCGGACCUGUGGCUUUCCUUGCCUUGAUCUUCCUUAACUCCUUCCUCACUUGAUCUACUGUGAAAAACAUAUUAGCGGAAGUUGAAGUAAUUGGUGAUCCUCGCUGAGGAUGACGGAAGGAUGGCUAUGAAUCCUGUGUACGUAUGUAAUGAGUAGCAGUGGGGCAAUGAGAGCAAGAUGAUGUGUGUGUUCAAUAGUCACUGCUGUGUGUUAAGCAGAUCCUUUGCCAAAAAGGGAAAGAAAGAAAGAAACAUAAAUAUUUAAACUUCAUUACAAGCCAUACAAUCUAAAGUCAAAUUGUGAAAAUAAUUUACUGAAACUCUGGAAUUUUCCAUAAUAAAA